GGCACAAUGUGUGGAUCAUGUUCGUCUGACAGACCUGCUCUCUGCUCUACGUUCACACUGCCUGCUGCUUUGCUGUAAGUACUGCAGGUCACAGACUUUUUCACCUUUAACUUGUGAUGAGGAGGGAAGAUAUCUCUGCUGGGUGAAAAACUCAUCAUCAGGACUUAUGAAUAAAAACACUUCAGACACUACAGAGACAGAGACAGGGAGAACGUGCAAUUGCUUUUGGAGGUUCCUGUCCUGGUGUAACUGUCACAGCAUAAUGGUCGCUUUCAAAGGGAUCUGGACCAAGGACUUCUGGAGGGCUGUGUCUGGAGAAUACCUGGCCACUCUUAUUUUUGUACUCCUCGGUCUGGGCUCUACCAUCAACUGGCAUGCGGGGGAGGAGAAUCCUCCACCGGCCGAUUUAGUCCUCAUCUCCCUCUGCUUCGGCCUGAGCAUCGCCACCAUGGUGCAGUGUUUUGGACACAUCAGCGGUGGACACAUUAACCCCGCGGUGACUGCAGCCAUGGUGGUAACAAGGAAGCUGAGCCUGGCUAAGGGGCUGUUCUAUGUGGUUGCUCAGUGCCUGGGAGCUAUCACAGGAGCUGGGAUCCUCUAUUUGGUCACUCCUGCUGCUUUUAGAGGCUCCUUUGGUGUAACCAAGGUGAACUCAGGACUUUCAUUGGGUCACGGCCUUCUUGUGGAGCUCCUGAUCACAUUCGAGCUCGUCUUCACCAUCUUUGCCACAUGUGAUCCUAAACGCAACGACCUGGGUGGCUCUGCCAGCCUCUCUAUUGGCUUAGCUGUCGCUAUUGGCCACUUGUUUGCAAUUCCUUACACAGGGGCCAGCAUGAACCCAGCUCGAUCCUUCGGGCCUGCCCUCGUCACUCUUAACUUUGAGAGCCACUGGGUGUACUGGCUGGGACCCAUUUUGGGGGGCAUCUUGGCUGCAGGUCUAUACGAAUACCUCUACUGUCCUGACCCUGAGGUGAAGGAGAGGCUGAAGAAGGUCUUCCAGAAGGACCCGUCAGGGAAAUACAGAGAGGUGGAAACGGAUGACCUCAACAUCAAGCCUGGCUCCAUCUCUGACAUGGAGAAAGGCGAGAAAAAAGAUCCUUUCCAGGACUCGACGGGAGAAGUGCUUUCUUCAGUAUGACUAUCACGUGCACUGGAAAUGGAGACCAAUCUGUAGAGCAGAGUGGCAAUCAAACUUUGGAGUAUCCAUCUCAAAGCUUGUCCCUUAACUCCAAAGACUUAAAAUCCUCACAGCAGAAUAUGAUUUCUGUCCAUGAGGCUCCACAGUAAAAAGGCUGAAUUACUCUCAUUGUCAUAAAGGUAAUACACUGUUAUGGCUCAGUCCCACAACCUGUUCAAUACUCCUCCUAAGGCCCCUCUCUGAAUGAUUUUGUAGCAGUGUUGGCAUGCAGCGCACACUGCACCCUGCAGAAUGACGACCCCUGCGAUACAUACUGUCGAGGAAGUAUGUGAAGGGGGUCGAGCAAUUAUGUGGGGUCAUCACGCUGAAUUGGAGAAGUGAAGAAGAAAAUGCAGCCUUGUUAUUUUUGGAUUAGUGUCACUUUUGGUCUGUGUAUUGUAUAUGUAAUAACAGAAGAGGUUUUUUUCCUUGCGAUCAUUAAGCACAUUACAUGUCCCGAACAAUGUAAGACAGACCUGACAAGCUUUAUUACCAGAGCUGUGGUACAGCGUUCUCUAUUUUCAGUGCAGGGAAACACUUUUGCAGGUUUCUUUAUUACAACAUGCUGGUUUUAUUUAUCCAUUUUAUACAACUGUGAUUAUUAGCUUAUUUUAAUUUCUAGAGCUAGAUGUAGUGAAUUUCUCAUUCUUAUGUGAGUUUUUAUAAGAUAAUGGGCCAAUCUGCCUUUGUGAGUUUGUGUUUGUAUAUUUUUUAGCUUGUUGAAUCAACAAUCUGGAAAUGCUGCCAGAGGUUAAGGUGUAAUAAUAAAGUUUUUUAAUUUCUCUUUAGAAAUGUUAUCAUUUUGUCUUAUUUAUUAGCAAAAAUGUUGCAGAAUUCUACUGGCCUCACAAAGAGAAACCAGACAAUUGCACCUAUGAGGCUUUCUCCUGAGGUCUGUUGUUCC